ACACCAGAUUUUUAUUGUAUACAUACCACACCAUACGGUCGAAGAAUAAAUAGUGUGAGAUAACCUAAAAAAUUCAAACGAAAGUAACCUUUUCAUAACAUUGGUACAUAACCUUCAAGGUUUAUUAAGGGAAAUUUGGAAAUUUGUCAACCGAAGUUGUCGAUGGGUAAUUUCUACACGACAGGCCCCAACAGAGUGAUGGUUUUAUACGGCGGUUGCUGUGGCAAGAAGACCAAAGUGAAGUACAUAAUAGGCGGAUGGACUUGGAAGUGGGCUGCAGCAGAGAAAAUUAAUUACAUUCCACUAGAAAUAAUAAGCGCUCGUUUAAUUUGUAAAAACGUGAUGACAGCAAUGGGAGUUCCAAUUACGGCAACCGGAUUGGCUCACUUUAAAGUGAUGAGUGCAAGGGAAAUGUUGCCUAUAGCUGCCGAGAGUUUUCUGGGGAAAUCUAAGGAACAAAUCCGCCACACAAUAAAAUUAACAUUGGAAGGACACCUGCGAGCAAUUCUGGCCACGUUAACUGUGGAAGAGAUUUUCAAAGAGCGCUACCGAUUUGUGGAUCUAGUGCUGGAGAUUGCCAAACCCGACGUGGCUAAAAUGGGUAUUGAGAUCGUGUCGUUCACGAUCAAUGAGUUGAGGGAUGAGAAUAUGUACAUGCAGUCUCUGGGGAGGAAGCAUGUAGCUGUUGUGAAGAGUGCGGCUGCUAUCAGAGCGGCCGAGUGCGAGAGAGAUGCCUGCAAAGCCGAGGCUGAGUGCCACAGGGAGACAGUGGAGGCUUGUAUGCUAGCAAGGCUGAUAUCGCGAAGAGAAAGGAAAAGAUGUAUGCUUGAAAAGAUGGUUUACGAACAGCAAAUAAACCGAGCAAAAGCAGACGUGGAUCUCGCUUACGAGCUGCAAGUCAUCCGAGUGAAACAGGAGAUCGAAAAAGAAACGAAGAAAAUUGAUGUAAUUGAAAGACAGAAAAUGGUCGAAAUAGAGAACAAAGAAGUGGUGAAAACAGAAAAAAUAUUGUUAUCCGAGGUUCAACUUUUAGCUGCAGCUGAGAGUUAUAAGAUUCAAACAAUCGCCGAAGGGAAAAGAAUUGAGUCAAUUAAACUGGCUGAGGCGGAAAGUGAGAGAAUUCGUCGGAUUGGAUUAUCCAUGGCUGAAGCGUCGGAGAAAUUGGGAAAGGCAACUGCGUUGAAUAUGAAAUUGAAGGCCGAGGCUUAUAAGAAAUUCGGUCGAGCUGCGUUGCAAAAUAUCGCGUUGAACGCUAUUCCAAAGAUAGCAGCCGAGGCUUGUUAUCCUCUAUCAAACGUGGCCAACAUUGUGAUGCUUGAUAGUGGGGAAGUUGCUUGAAAUCCUGUUAGAAUUUCAACGGUUCCUACGUUAUUAAAGCAGUUCAUGAAAGUGAUUUAUUUUUAUGACGUUAACGCUUUCGAAAAACACAAUAAUAUUGAUGAGCAUUGAACUCGUUUGGGAAUAUUAGAUGUUUUGACCAAAAAUAAUACAUUCAACUACAAAAAAUACCUGAUUUUUUCCAAUAAUAUUUCAGUCGAGGUAUAACUUAUAACAGUUACAAUGCUUUAAUAUUUUCUACAAUUGUACAAAAACUAGGUCUAAUUUUGUAAUAUAUUUAAUUCCAGUACAUUGCAACCCUGAUAUGGAAGACUUUGCGUUGAUUGUUGUUCACUUUAUCUAGUUGAGAAAGUUAUAUAUCAGAAUGAAAAAAAUAUAUAAUAUGCUCAAAACCUAUAUUUGGGCAGUUCCUCCCUAUCAAGCCUGUGCACACCACUGCAGUUUGCAUGAAGGCGACGAUUUCAACCAUUUAACCAAGGGUAAAAAGUUUUCUCGUCGCUGUGAUAUGAACAAAGAAAACUUUGUCUAUGGCUUCAGACAGAUGAGACGUUAUACUUCUCUGUUUUAUGUCCCACAUUGCAUUCAUUAAUCCCAAAAAGCAAUAAUAUGUCGGGUGAAACACAGAUUUGAGUAUACAUUUUAUGUGAUCCCUACAUGAAUUCCAUUAAAGAUUCUUUCAGUC